AUGCAGUCCACUCGAAAUCGUGACGGUCGAUUACGACCAGUCGGUGAUCCUCUGGUCAUCGUCGGUUAUGCUUCCAAAGGCGACAAAACGCUACUUGAACAUCAUGCGCAGAAGGAAUACUUCCAUACUAUUGUGGAGCGUUGGCUACGCUUCUGUUCUGACCACAACAAGCAUCUUGAUGAUGCACUCGCAUCACUCCCUUUGAGUUCUUCGACGGAUGCAACCUCAAACCCACCCGCGGCCAAGUCAAAAGAAGCAUCAACAGAAACAUCGGGUCCCGCAACGAAAAGCGUACCACCAUCAAUGGAGCUGUCCACACUGCUUCUUUCUCUCCGGAAAUUGCGAGAGGGGAUCACGGCUUCAGCUGUAACAACGCCAAUAGAAUUCUCCCAGCGUGUUCACUACUUCUCCAUCCGUCUGUCGAUUCUCGCGCAUCACCCACCGUCUUAUUUUCCGUCCUUACGUCAUUGUCUUGAUCAACUGCACUCAGCCUCGCAUCCAUUCGCUCACUCUGAAAUCAAAGAGAUGUACUCCUACUUGAUUCUGGACUAUGCAUGUCGCCAAGACGACAUGGCAGCGGCCUUCCGGCUGCGGGCACGGGCACGACAAGAGUAUGGAUUUCAAUCACAGAACAUCGAUCGUGUGUUGCUAGCAUUGAUUCACGGAAACUGGAUCAUGUUCUGGAAAGUGUGCAAGAAAGUUGACUCGUAUCUACACGCGAUCAUGAAAUGGGCAGUGGAUCGAGUUAGGCGGAACGCUCUCAAAUCAGUGGGCAGCGCAUACCUCAGCGUUCCUAUCGAUUGGGUCCUGGGUGGAUGCACUGGAGAUGAUGAGAGCUGGACUUGGGAGAAACUGGCUGCGGCAGAGAAUCUUAAAUGGGAAAGGGAAAAGAACGACGACGAUGACAGAAUCAUCAUCAGGCGGCCCCGGAGACCUAAGCCACAAUUGCAAGAGCUGGAACAGAUUAGUGAACAGUGUGAACCGUGA